GAGAAAGGGGGGGGGGUGGAGGUUUGACUGACUGUGUGUGUAUUUCAGUCAGUCAGUGUGUGUGAAGCUCAGAGAAGAGCAACAUAAUUUUCUCUCUCUCCAUCUUUUGUCUUAAUUUUUUUGCCUUCUGUUUUUACGGUGCAUAAUAAACGUUACAGCUUAUUCAAACAGAAGACGCGGGAAGCGUUCUGGGACGGUUAAAGACGGUUAGUGACGGUUAGGCGCUCCCCUCGCGCGCGGAUCUGAAUCAUGUGAAGCGCGGCUGACUGAGCCGAACCUACAGGAAGCGGAAACCCUGUCUCCCGCCGGACUGAUCGCGCAAUUAUCGGAUGGAUUGAUCAGGAGCGCGCAGGUGCGACAGGAUGAGCAUGAGGGAUCUUCAGAAGGUUCUCACUCAGGUCCUCCUCCUGGCUCUCCUGGGAUCUGCAGCUCAAUCCAAGGAACAUCACGUGGUGCGGAUGGGAACGUGUGAGGUGGUGGCCUUACACCGAUGCUGCAAUAAGAACAAGAUCGAGGAGCGUUCGCAGACCGUCAAGUGCUCGUGUUUCCCGGGACAAGUGGCAGGAACCACCCGAGCGAAUCCGUCCUGCGUAGACGCCUCUAUCGUCCAGCAGAAGUGGUGGUGUCAGAUGCAUCCGUGUCUGGAUGGAGAGGAAUGUAAAGUGCUGCCGGAUCUCAAAGGAUGGAGCUGUGCUACGGGGAAUAAGAUCAAGACCACAAAGGUAUGA